AUGUUGUCCCCGGGGCGCGCCUGCCGCAGGCAUGGCCCGCGCGUGGGUCGCCGUCGCGGCCUAAAGCAUUUAGCCCCGAGCCGCCGCAAUCCUAGGAAUUUCCGUGCCGCUCUCGGCUGCACACCCCAGUGCGUGAAGGUGGGCGCCCGGAUACGGGGAUUUCAGGCAGGAGGGGGCGGGAAGGGAUUCGCAGCGCCCCGGCUCCCGCCCCGCCCUGCGCGCGGUAUCCUCGGGGCUGGGCGGCCUCGCCUGCAAGGCGCCCUGGCGAUUGGCGACUCCGGGAGGAGACGAGAGGAAAAGUCGAAUAAGAGGGCGCAACCCGCCGCCGCCCAAGGCUACGGCGCCUUCCUGCCCUACGCCGCGGAGCUGCCUAUCUUCCCGCAGCUGGGCGCGCAGUAUGAACUGAAGGACAGCCCCGGGGUGCAGCAUCCGGCCGCGACCACCGCGUUUCCCCACCCGCACCCCGCCUUCUACCCAUACGGCCAGUACCAGUUCGGGGACCCGUCCCGUCCCAAGAACGCCACCCGGGAGAGCACCAGCACGCUCAAGGCCUGGCUCAACGAGCACCGCAAGAAUCCCUACCCCACCAAGGGCGAGAAGAUCAUGCUGGCCAUCAUCACCAAGAUGACCCUCGCCCAGGUGUCCACCUGGUUCGCCAACGCGCGCCGGCGCCUCAAGAAGGAGAACAAGAUGACGUGGGCGCCCCGCAGCCGCACCGACGAGGAGGGCAACGCUUACGGGAGCGAGCGCGAGGAGGAGGAGGACGAGGAGGACGAGGAGGACGGCAAACGCGAGCUGGAGCUGGAGGAGGAGGAGCUCGGGGGGGAGGAGGAGGACCCGGGGGGCGAGGGCCUGGCCCACGACGACGAGGACGAGGAGAUCGAUCUGGAGAACUUAGACGGCGCGGCCGCCGGGCCUGAGCUGGCCCUGGCUGGUGAGGCGCGCAGGGACGGCGACCUCGGCCUGGGACCCAUUUCGGACUCCAAAACUAGCGACUCGGAAGACAGCUCCGAGGGCUUGGAGGCUCCCCCAGCCCUGCAGCUCUCUCCGGCCGCCGCCGCCGCGGCUCACAGACUCGUCUCGGCGCCGCUGGGCAAGUUCCCCGCUUGGACCAACCGGCCGUUUCCAGGCCCACCGUCUGGCACGCGCCAGCACCCGCACCCGCUCUCCCUGCUCGGUUCGGCCCGUCCGCACCUGCUGGGACUUCCCGGAGCCGCUGGCCACCCGGCUGCCGCUGCCGCCUUCGCUCGGCCUGCGGAGCCGGAAAGCGGGACAGAUCGCUGUAGUGCCUUGGAAGUGGAGAAAAAGUUACUCAAGACAGCUUUCCAGCCCGUGCCCAGGCGGCCCCAGAACCACCUGGACGCCGCUCUGGUGUUAUCGGCUCUCUCCUCGUCCUAGUUCUUUUUUAUUUUUUUUUAAUCGUUGUAAUAAUUGUAAAAAAAAAAAAAAAUCGCUCUGUAUAGUUAUAACUUGUAAGCAUGCCCGUGUAUGAAUAAUACCUAAAAAGAAAACUAAACAAAAAAAGAAAGAAAAAGAAAUGAAACCAGUCACUCUCAGCCCUCCCCAAGUCGCUUCUGUGCCGCCCCACAUUAGCCGCGUUAGUGAGGUGUGUUUGUUUUGUUGAUUUUAGGGGAUGGACUUUCAGUGAGAAUAAGUGUGUCUGACUUUUUUUGUAUAUACGGGAAAAUGUACAUAUGUGUGAACCAAAUUGUACAAGAAAGUAUCUAUUUUUGGCUAAAUAAAUGAGCUGUUGCCACUUUGACUAUAA